AUAAAACCACAGAACCAAACAAACAACCAAGAGAAAAAAAGAUAAAAAGGAACCAUGAUGUCCUACGGCGACGGGCAAGAAACCAUGAGGUCGCUCCUCCGCUUCUCCGUCCUCCUCCUGCUCUCCCUCUCCCUCGCCUCCUCCUCCUCCGCGGUAACCUCCUCCACCUCCGAUGACACGAAGCCGAGCGCCUACGAGGUGCUGGAGUCGUAUAACUUUCCCAUCGGGCUCCUCCCCAAGGGCUGCUCCGGCUACGACCUCGACCCGGACACCGGCGACUUCUCGGCCUACUUCAACAACACCUGCAGCUUCUCCCUGGAGGGCUCCUACCAGCUCCGCUACCAGCCCACCAUCUCCGGCCACAUCUCCGCCGGCCGCCUCUCCGACCUCCGCGGCGUCAGCGUCAAGAUCCUUCUCUUCUGGAUCAACAUCAUCGAGGUCUCCCUCCACAACGACGAGCUUGAGUUCUCCGUCGGCAUCGCCUCCGCUGACUUCCCCAUCGACAACUUCUUCGAGUGCCCCCAGUGCGGCUGCGGCCUCGAUUGCGUCACGGCCAACGACGGAGCUGCGUCUUCUUCUCCUUUUCGAAUCAAAUUGAGGGGUGCCUGGCCCUUCUGAUCCCAUCGCAUAGUUAGUUGAUGUUGGUAAAACUCGUUACUCUGUUACUGUUUAAUCGGAGUUUUUAUGAUUUCUCGAAAUAUCAGCGAGAAAUUUCUAUAAUUUCUCUUAUGUUUUAACUAUAUGGACAUGGAUUAGCUAGGGUUUCGAAAUGGCCCUUUUAAUAUCUCUCUCUUUUAGUUCGAUUAUUGAGCUAUAUGGUUGUCGGAGUUAGUGAAGCAAUCAUAUAUUAU